UAUAAUCCAUCAGAGUCUUAAAUAUCCAUAUCAGUCGGUCACAUCUUUUUAAUGUACAAAUUUCCAGCACCCCUUUCCACAAAUUUACAUUUCUCAUGCCCUGUUUCAUCAGGAACAACCAAACUGGUAGAAAAAUGUGUAACUUAUGGAGACGUGUGCAGCCUUUUUGUAGAAUCACCUGCAUUAAAGAGAGAGUCAUGCUUAUUGUUGUGUACCACUGCAAAUCAUUAGCAAUUAUUAAAUCCGUUUCUUAAAGAAACUUAUGUUCAAUCAGAAAGACAUUUUCAAUGUCAAUUGUUGCUUAAAUGCACAUUAUAGCCAAUAACAUCCGGUGGUGCAGCCUGUGAGUCUAAUUAAAGGGCUAAAAAUUCCCUCACGCGACAACGUCCAAGCCGACCAAUCACAGCAGGGCACAGCUCCGUCAGCCAAUAGGAAGCCAGUAACGGUACAACGUUGACUCCCCACGUUUGACAGUCACAACAACACAGGAAGAGCCAGAGCUACUGGUGGCGUAAAUAAGGAGAAGCAGGGGCAUCGUCCUCUAAAAGUGUUAUGAUGUAGAGAUGCACCGUCAGUGUUGUCAGCUCGCUCGGUUCCGCUCCUUUCUACUCUGGCGCCAUGGCUUUGCUGUCGUGGCUGGGACACCUGAGCAGCUGCUUACUAUCGCUUACAAACGUUGUCAGUGCAGCACUUGUCUUAUCCGUGUAUCAUUUAGUUGCUUUUUACCGCAAACAGCGGGAGCUCCGGUAUAAAAACAUCCCUCCGGGUCCGAAGCCAUGGCCGGUGGUGGGAAACUUCGGCGGCUUCUUCGUGCCCUCUUUCCUGAAGAGGAGGUCCGGGCAGCCGGCGGAGCGCAGGAACAUAAACACCAUGGACGUCUUAGCAGAACUAGCCAAGGUCCACGGUAACGUGUUCAGCCUCUUCGUAGGGAGUCAGCUGAUCGUGGUGCUGGACGGCUUUGACGCGGUUAAAGACGCCCUGUCCAACCACCCCGAGGUGUUCUCGGACAGGCCGGAUGUCCCCGCCAUCUCCAUAAUGACCAAGCGUAAAGGGAUAGUCUUUGCACCUUACGGGCCCGUGUGGAGAAAGCAACGCAAGUUCUGCCACACCACGCUGCGAAGCUUCGGCCUGGGGAAGCUGAGUCUGGAGCCGUGCAUCCAGCAAGGCCUGGCUACCGUCAAGGCGGAGCUGCUGCGUCUGAACCGAGAAGGCGGCGGCGCCGGCGUGGAUCUGAGCCCGCUCAUCGGCAACGCCGUGUCCAACGUCAUCUGCUCCAUGGUCCUGGGUCAGCGCUUCCACCACGAGGAUCGCGAGUUCCGCACCAUGCUCGACCUGAUGACCCGCGGGCUGGAGAUCUGCGUCAACAGCCCCGCGGUGCUCAUCAACAUCUUCCCGCUGCUCUACUAUUUGCCCUUCGGUGUUUUCAAGGAGCUGCGGCAGGUGGAACGAGACAUCACGGUGUUUCUGAAGGGGAUUAUUCAGAAGCACCGUGAAACGUUAGAUCCGGAAAACCCAAGGGACCUUUCAGACAUGUACUUGAUGGAGAUUCUGGCCCAGCAAGGGGAAAAGGACAGCACCUUUACAGAAGAUUAUCUCUUUUAUAUCAUAGGAGAUCUCUUCAUUGCCGGCACUGACACCACCACUAAUUCAGUUUUAUGGACUAUGCUCUAUAUGGCCUUACACCCUGAUGUUCAAGACAAGGUCCAGGCAGAGAUCGAUGAGGUGGUGGGCAGACAGCGGGUCCCGUCUCUGACUGACAAAGGAAGUUUGCCUUUCACUGAAGCCGCCAUCAUGGAGGUGCAGAGGCUGACUGUGGUGGUUCCACUGAGCAUUCCUCACAUGGCCUCAGAGACAACAGAGUUUAGAGGCUACACUAUUCCUAAGGGAACUGUCAUAUUCCCCAACCUGUGGUCUGUUCAUCGAGAUCCCACCGUGUGGGACGAUGCAGACAGUUUCAAACCAGCGCGCUUCUUGGAUGAUGAGGGAAAGUUGCUCAGGAAAGAACACUUCAUACCGUUUGGGAUAGGUCGCAGGGUGUGCAUGGGUGAACAGCUGGCAAAGAUGGAGCUGUUCCUGACCGUCACCAGCUUACUGCAGGCAUUCAGAUUCAGGCUCCCAGAGGGAAAGCCUCCUCCUUCCCUGCAAGGACGUUUCGGCCUGACACUAGCGCCCUGCCCGUACACUGUGUGCGUGAGCGCUCGCAGUUUUGACAGUGGGGCAGGUGAUCGGUGCCUGAAAUGAGAAUGACCUCACAAAAGUAUGAAAGUGCCAGUCGAAGUAUCCUGGAGAGACUUGGCUUCAUGUGGGAAGCACUUAGAUAUAUUUUUGACCAGAGUUACUCUUUUAAAGACUGAAAACCACUGGGAUAUUUUGCUAAUUUAUAGAUUAUUAUCUAUCUUAAUUUAUCUUACUUAUUCACAAAACUGAAUCAAGUAUUUGAUUCUGACUAAUAUAUGGCAGGUGCCUCAUUUAAUUUUAUUUUAAUAUGCGUGAAGUUUGUCUUGAAUGUUUAGAUUUAAGCACUAAAUUUAGCAGUAAUGUAAUUAUGAAGUGAAAGACUUUAUUUUUAUGCUCGGGAGUUUAAAUACAUGGUGCCUUACAGACUUCGUGUUAUGCGAUUUUUAACCUUUCAAUACAAACUGAUGAAUACAUAUUCAGUUGACAAUGUAUUUUUUUUUGUCCUUUUUGUACUGUUUUUAACUUUUUUAGGAUUAUUGCAGUUUCGUGGAGACAUUUGUGUCUUAAUGCAAGAAAUUCUGUUACGGACACAAAUGUACUGUAUCAGUAUCUAAAAAAAAUAUGUCUGUCAUUAACACAGACAUUGACCUGUUUUCAGAGCAAAUCUGGUGUUUCAGAAACACACACACACCUCAGAGUGCAGAGCUGUUGUGUACCAACACGGGCUGGUCUGGCACUCUUUGUACAUUGUACAGUGUAUACAGUUCAAAGAACAGACUUUGAACCAACACAGGCUUUUUU